AUGUGGUCAAAGAACGCUGUGCAGCCCGUGAAGCUGCAAGAAGUGGAGGUUGUAGGCCUGCUCACAGAAUCUUCCUUUCACAUGGCAGCACAUGCAGCAGAGACCCUUAGGAGAAAUUUUCCCAGCAAGAUAGCUGUGCCUAAAGUACUUCCUUUACUGCAGUUUGCAUGGAAUGAAUAUCUACAAGAAAAAAAAAAGGAAUUGAGAGGUGAAACAUGGGAAUAUCCAUCCAAUGUGAUGUGUUUUGUUGAUGGCCAGCUCCUUGGAGAUGAAAAAAUGCUGCUCAAGUGGGCUUAUGAUGUUUGGGAUUAUAAAGACUUUAAGCCCACAGCACUUUAUGAAGCAAUUACAUCAGAUUUCCUCACAAAAUACUUAAAAGGCAAAAAGCAUAUGUUUGUGUUCAUGGAAAUAGCAAUUCAGGAGGUUUCGAUUGGAAAAUUGCUCUUUGAGCUCUAUUCUGAUAUCUGCCCCAGAACAUGCUGUAACUUCCAGUGUUUAUGUACAGGAGAGAAAGGGAACUCUGAAUCUGGAUUGGCACUCACUUACAAGGAUUCAAUUUUUCAUCGAAUUGUAAAAAAUGGUUGGAUACAAGGAGGAGAUAUAAAUGGUGGAAGAGGAAAUGGAGGUGAAUCGAUAUAUGGACCUGUCUUUGAAGAUGAAAAUUUUGUAGUUCCCCAUGACAGGAGAGGGGUUCUUGGAAUGGUCAACAAAGGACGUCACACCAAUGGGUCCCAGUUCUACAUCACACUGCAGCCUGCACCAUAUUUGAAUACCAAAUACGUGGCUUUUGGACAGGUGAUCGAGGGCUCAGAAGUUCUCCGGGAACUGGAACUAACAGAUACAUCCAAUGAGAGGCCAGUGCCUCAAUGUAAAAUUAUUAACUGUAAUAUUUUUCAGCCGUGACUACUGUACAGAUGUUAAUUUAGUUUUGUUGUAGAGUGUAGCUCUGUUCUGAUCAUACAAUUUGUGGUAGCUAAA